CCCGAGGCCUCUAUCGCCGCACCCACCAGCCCCACUUGCUAGUCUGCUCCUGACAUCCCCCACUCUCCCCCUCGGACCAUUGCCCUCGCCUGUCCAGCCCAACGAGAUGAUCGGCUCCACGAACGCAAGCAACGGUGCUAUAGCACCAUCGGACCAUCGCACCUUUGCCCCUCGCACGGGGGUUCGCCACGGCAGCGUCGAUACAGAAGACUCUGUCGCCGAGUCUAUUGUCUUGUCGCCGCCGGUGGCUACCAACCGAUGCAAGGGCUGCCAGUUCCCCCUAGAAGGGUUGGAUGUCACCUCCGAGUGGCAUUCGGAUUGCUACGAGAUUUACUCUAAAUGGAGGGUCCAGGUACUCUUUUUCCAGGACUUGGCCUCCCUCGACAGCCUUGACAUCGAGGCUCGAUCGGACUACCGCAAAAAGAUCCACUACAUACUGGUGUGCCUAUCCAACUUUGAGGAGUCGUGCGAAAAGUAUCUCGUCAAGUCUAUCCACUAUGCCUAUAGGAGGCAGUUCCCGGAGUGCUUUUUGCAGAUCAGCAAGUUCAUCUCGGCCGUCGAGAUCCUGUUUGUCGCCAUGGAGGAUAUCGAUGCCCAGCUUCGGGCCAUGGGCGUAUCUGCGCCAUCGACAGACCAGUGUAAGGAGAUUGCCGGGAAGCUCAACAACUUUAUCCAGAUCGUCAAUGCCGUCCCCGAUGCCGCCAGCGAAGAUAUGCACGCUCGACUCAAGAACUUUAUGCCGGAUGUCAUCCGCUGGGUGCGGAUCCUGCUCAAGCAUUCUGCCAGAAUGGCGUUUCAGCUGCAACGCCUCUCGAGCGAGUUUUCCACCAUCAACUGGUACCUCAAUCUCGUACUGGUGCAGCUGACCGAAGCCGACGAGUCCGAGUCCGCAAAGCUCCAGCGUCUCCUGCGGCUCCCCCGGCCCACCGAGCGCUGCCAAUACUGCCAAUACUCUGUCACUCCGCCGUACAUUUGCCAGGACAUUUAUGUCUGGCACAAGAACUGCUUCUUCUGCGUGCUCUGUGGCACCAGCGUCUCCGAGACUCUGAGCAGCACCUUUACGGAUGCAAAUCGCCAGGUCUACUGCAGCAACCAUCCAGAGAUCCGUGUCCUGUCGAACCACUUUGGCGUCGUCCGGCCGCUGGAGCAUUGCAUCAAGAUUCUGCGGAACAUUCUCUGCAGCAUGUAUCUGACUCGUAUUGCUUCAUCGUCUGGCGAGCAAACGCAAGCCCAGUCCCUCCGAAACCCCACAGUCCUGGUGAACUCCCGUCCCACUCCGGACCUUCCAAACCCAUACCAGCGCGAUCGGUCCAACUCCCGCGAUCUGCUCGAAUCAGCCACGCCCUCGACGAUCACACACCGCCCUUCAUGGGACGGGCAACGUAAUCCAUUCACCGAGUCGCUGGCGGGCCCCUCAACCGCUGCCCAGCCGCUGACUCAGUCGCAAUCACAGCCGUUCACCAGCAGCCUAACUCUGCGGACACCCACGCCGACGGCACGACCAGGUGCGAGGUCAGCGACGCCGUCGAACCGAUCGGUCAAGUCACAGGCACGCGAAGGCCCCGACCACACCGACAUUAUUUCGCAGUUUGAGGCACCCUUGUUCCGCCGCAACCUCGAUCGCUCGGCCUCAACCACCCAGUCCACAACCCUCUGGAGCAGAAUGACGAUGCGCAACGCCCAGACUUCGUCUUCGCCGCCGCAGUCUUCGGCGAUUCCAAUGGCCCCAAGCCACUCCGUGCCUCCCCCCGUCCCCGACUCGGCCGCCACGACACAGUCCUCGCCUUCAACGAGCUUCUCGAUGACCGCAACUCUGCCCGAGACGGCUGUCGAGCUGGUUUCGCUGGAACAGGAACUGACUCGUGCCCUCGCCGAGCUGGCCAAGCAGCGUUCUCCAAGCGAGAAAGCCCUGUCGAUCCGGGGCACCGAUUCGGAUGACCGUCAAUUUUCCAGAGAGACCUCCCAUCCUCUCGAGACAUCCUCGACCGUAUCGCGGUCCAAUGGACUCACCACGGUCCACCAGCAGUCCUCGUUUUCCUCCAUCAGCUCGGCCGACUUGCCCUCAAGCGACUUUUUCAUGGAGGACUUUGAUACCAGCUUCCUCAAGACAAGCUCGCGAGGCUAUGCCAUUGCCGAGCUGCUCGACUCGGAGGCAAUGUACUGCAACUCGCUUGGUGUGAUGCUGCACUACUUCAAGGGCGGUCUCCUCAAAAGCCAGAUCGUCAAGCCCCGGGACGCCGAUCUUAUUUUCCGUGGCAUCGAGGAUCUCUACAGUUUCCACAAAGAAUUCCUGACCAAGCUUCGAACCCAACUCGGGCCAGAGCUGUGGGAGACGGAGUCGCCCAGGCUCGGACCCGUGUUUCUGAACUAUAAAGCACGACUCGCGGACCUGCUGAUCAACUUUAUUGACGUCGGCCAUGUGUCGUAUCGCACGAUCAAAUCGUACGAAAAGAACCAAGAGUACAUUGACUUUAUGAAGGCUGCAGCAAGAUCGGAGCAGACGGGCAAGCGCGACUUGAAAGACUUUAUGGUGCUGCCGGUGCAACACUCGCUGCGCUACUGCCUCCUGGUCAAAGCCGUCUUGAAGCAUACGCCCGACCAUGACCCGGACAAGCAAGACUUGGUGCUGGCUGUGGCUGCCAUGGAGUGGCUGGCCAUCACCGCCAAUGAGAAGAAACAGGAGAGCGAGGAGCUGGUCGGCAUGUUCUUGGCCUAUGAGAUGACCAAGCACUGUCCUGCGACGCUCAUCCAAUCGCGGCGACGCAUGAUGUUCCGAUGCGACACCUCGGAUGUGCAGCGCAAUCGCCAGGUCCACUUGUUCCUCUGCUCGGACUCGCUGUUGAUUGCUCAGUCGACUCUCCGGCGGUUUGUGUUCCAUGCCGGAGGGCAGCCGCCAGAGGGACAGCCCUACUCGUUUGUCCGCUGGCUCGACUUUAGAGACAUUGUGUUUAUCAACGACGAGCUCUCUGCUGACACUGUCAAGAUCUUGGCCAUAUUCAACUACGACUCGUCGCAGCGCACCCUGACGUGCCCGCCUGUGCCGGCCGAAUCCCGCGAUAUCAACCUGUAUUUCCGCUUCGAUGUCGGUGUCGACCCAGUCAAGGCGCGCGAGACGUUCUUGAAGCUCCUCAAGAGCCAGUGGACCAAGAUCAAGAGUGCGUAGGCCGUUCAAGAUCCGGUUCCCAGCGUCCUGUUUCUUCCGGCGCUGAUGUCGAUGCCGUCGGGCAAGAUGAUGGGCAGAUGUGCUAAUCCGGAGGGACGAUAACCCAUCAUCUUUUCCGAUCCCCA